AUGUCGUCGAUAUUAAUAAAAAACCAAUUAACAAUAAAGAACAUGAUGAUCCAAAUGAUUAUUUAGUAUCUUGACGUUACGAGAAAAACACAAAUUUAUAUCAACGAAAUCCCACCGAGGAAACGUUAGUGACGGGUACACCAACAUCAUUAAUAUUUAAUCAGGAACCCGAUAUGAAUCAAUUACAUGUAUUGAAAGACUGCGCCAAUCAUAAUAUUGGACAUGAAUUAGUUCCAAUUGUAACUAUGGAUCCAAAUAGUUCACAAUCAGCAAAUGCAGCUGCAGCAGCAGCAGCAGCUGCUGCGAUAGCUGCUAAUAGUUCUGGUGCAACAGCAACAACAAAUUUAAGUAGUUUAACUGGUAUCGGUAUAACUACAUCAUUAGAUGGUAGUGGUUUACUACCAGAAUCAGUUUUAGAUGGUGUUGUGCCUCAAUUAAUUCAAAUAACAACUAAUAGUGGUUUAAGUAGUAAUAAUAGUAGUUUUAUUGGUCCAGUAUCAUCAUCAACAGGACAAGCAUCAGCAUCAACAAUAACUGGUACAUUAUUACCACAACAACAAUCACAACAAGAGCAAACAUCAUUAUUUAAUUCUAAUAUUAAUACAAAUAGUAAUAAUUUAAAUACAAUUACAUCAUCUUUAAUUAAUAAUAACAAUGAUCAACAAUCAACUACAACAACUAUUAAUAAUGUAGAAUAUGAUCCAACGAAUAUUUUACAACAAUCAAUAGUCGUCCAAAAUGUUUUAACUGGUGUUUAUACAUUACCCGAGGAACCUGAAUUAGAAUCAGAAGAAAAUCAAACACCUAUCUAAAAAAAUUAAAAUAACAUUUAAAUUUAUUUAAUAAAUAUUAUUUAUUUAAUUUUAGUAUAAUAAUAAAUUAUAAUAAGGUAGAAUUUUAUAUUAAUAAAGAAAACUAUAAAAAAUUAUGAAAAUAAUUAAAAAAAAAAUUAACAAAUAAAUCUAAAUUUAUAAGUGAUAUAAAAAAAGAAAUUAAUUAAAUUAAUUUAAAAACAAAAAUUAAAAAAAAAAUAAAAAUUAAAUUAAAUCAUUUCAAGCUUGAAUUAAAAUUAAAUUAAUUUUUUACUAAUCAAAUAUAAUUUAAAUAAUUUUAUUUGCAGACAAUAUUUAUUUUUAAUCUGAACCAAUUGCCAGAUAAAAAUCCAAGUUGUCUAAAUAUAAAUUAAUUAGAACAUUCAAAUCAAUUACGUUCAAUAGCGUUUAGUCUAAACACCCUGUAACUGCGUUGGUAAUAUUUUUACGUUAAUAGAAUUAAUGUUUAAGAAAUAAGCAGAGUGCUUAAUUUUUAAAUAUAUAUACGAUAAAAAGUGAGGCUAAAUAGGAGUCCAGCAGAAUCUCCCAUAGUUUAUUAUUUAAUUUAAGUUUUAAUAAUUUCUAUCAUUUUAGGCCCAAUUUUAGUGCUAAAUAAGUCACUAACUUUAACCAGUACUUUAAGUAUUGUAUCUGGUGACUAUUUGAGGACAUUUCAUUCCGAACAUAAUAAUUAAAUUAUACCAUGAACAUUAUUAUUUGUAAUUAAUAAAGUUUUUUUUCAAUUUCGAAAUGAUUUAAUUUAAUUACAAAAGCAUAGCAUUAAAAUUCAUAUAAUGAAAUAA